AUGACACAAGCUAUCAUUUCCCUGUAUUCUGGAAAAAAGCCCUUGUGUUUGCCUUUAAACACAAACAAUGCAGCCACUACAGCACAUGAAUUGAAACAGCAAAUAUAUGAAAUUACUUCCAUUCCAAUCAAUGAACAAGUGCUGCGUACUUGCAGUGGCCACUCUUUAGUUGAUCAAGAUCUGGCUACAAAUGGCGAAUUCUUGGAUAUUCAGCUCUCUGGUAGAAUGCUGGGCGGUAAGGGUGGGUUUGGAUCCAUGCUGCGUGCUCAAGGUGGUCGUAUGAAUGCACAAAAGACGACCAAUUUCGAGGCCUGUAGAGAUUUACAAGGCAGACGAAUUCGUACAGUGAACGAUGCCAAAAAAUUACAGGAAGAAUUAGAUGCAAUCCCAGAGAGAGAAGCAGAGAAACGAGAAAAGCUGAAAAAGAAGAUUGAAGAGGCACUCAAGGAGAGAGAGCCCAGGAAAUACUUGUUUGACGACAACAAGUUUUUAGAAGACAAGGAAGAUGUAGUUGAAAACGUGAAAUCAGCAGUAAGCGACGCAAUUAAGCGACAAAAAUUGACACAUGAGCCUGUAAAGAAGACGGCUACAGCUUCCACCUCAGUGAGCUUAUUUGAUGAUGAUGUCUCAUCUGACGAGGACGAGGAGGAAGAAGAGGAGGAAGAAGAGGAGGAAGAAGAGGAGGAAGAAGAGGAGGAAGAGGAGGAAGAGGAAGAAGAAGAAGAAGAAGAGGAGGUGGUGGAAGAUAUCAAGGGAAAAGGGAAAAAGAGAUCUCGCGAAUAA